AUGACCGAGGCUUGCGACUUCAUCAAACGGAUGCGCUCAUCAUUUUUUGAGCGGCCAGCAUCGUCCCUGUUCACAGAUGCAGAGGGGCGAACUUCGGAGACUGUUGCAUUUGGGAAUUUCUUGAAAAGCAUCGAUUUUGAGGAGCAGAUACGUUUGGCAUUGGUUGAGCGGCCAGAGCUGCCCAUAUACUUCGAAAACGCCAACCAUAUUGAACACUUACCAUCCUCUGAACAGGAGGCCAAGCGCAUCCCAGAGACAAUUGCAGCCCGGGAGACGAUGGCAGCGCCAAGUACUUCAGCAGUCCCGGAAGCAACUACCUCGAGAAAUGACAACCACAUUGAACACUCAUCAUUAACUGAGAAGGAGGUCGAGCAGACUCCAGAGACGAUUACAACCAGGGAGACGAUGGCCUUGGAGGCAGAUACUUCACCAAACGCUAACCGCAUUGAGCACUUACCAUUAGCAACGCCCGAGAUGACAACAUCAGAGACGGCAACCCUUGAGACGCACACUUCGAACAACGUCAUUCUAGUACAUUGCGAUGUAGGCGUCUCGCGCUCUGCAACUAUCAUGAUCGGUUAUCUCAUGCGGAAGCAUUGCAUACCUCUCUUUGACGCUCUGGCAAUGGUGAAGGAAAAGCGGAGGAUCAAGCCCAGUUCAAACUUUAUAGAGCAACUGAAGGUCUGGGAAGAUACGGGAUAUGAGGUCUAUGAGAAUGUUGAGACUAAGGCGCCAAAACUGCAGUAUCAGGAAUACUUGGACAGACGGGCGGAGAGGUUGAAGGAGAAGGGAUUAAUGGGCAAUGAACCUAUUGUGCCAUUGGCUUGGGAAGAUUUGGAUAUGAUGUCGAAGAGUGCAAGAAAAAAGCGUUCCCCAGAAUCAGAUGUUGAUACCCCCUGUUCGGAUUUAGCUAGUGCUGGCGACCAGGUGUGA